AGAAUCUGUCAUAGAGAGAGGUUAUGUUAUGAGAUUAUUUUAGUAAAAUUGAACAGAACACGGAAUAAGUAUACCUUUGGGUACCAACAGAUUUAAAAUGCUUCCCCACAAUUCUCUUUUAAAACGCACACUUCCAAUAGUGGUACAAUGCGCAGGUGCUCAUCGAAAGCCCCGCUGGCUUCCUGUCGCAAAAAGCAAAGUUUACCGAAUCCCAAAGCGCCCAGAAAUAUCAGAGGAGGAACGUAUAGAGUUGCUGCGAAUUAACAACAAUUAUCACACACAAAUGCGGGCCAUUCGACGUUUUUAUCACGAAGAAAUGAUCAAAGAGAAGUCUACAUUGGAGAGUGCCAGUUCAGAGAUGUCUAUCAGAGUGGAGGCUGAGGAAUGGGAGCGGUGCAUCAAGGUGAACGAGGAGUGGAACGCGAAGGUGGCCGCGGAGCGCGAGGAGCGCCGCAGGCAAGAGCUGGCCGAGCGGGAGGAGUAUAUCCUCUCCCGGAUACAGAAAAAGGACGAACUGAUGAGACAACGCAUUGAAAAGGCGUCACAGGAAAUUAGGAAACAGAAGGAACUCAGUGUCACAUUCAACCCGGAGACCCUGGACGAGGCCAUCGACAGAGCCCUGGCCAACCCUCUGGACUACAACUUUGCUAUUGACCUGCAGGGCAACCAAAUACCCGGCCGAGAAACACCAGUACCUCCUAAGGAAAAAGCAAAAGCUGCUACCACAUCAUAAUAAUUGUCUUAUCUUCCAUUUUGCAAGCAUAAAAUAUAUGUGGUAAUGUUAAUAACAUUACAGUAGGAAGAAUUCAACAAAAUGUAAAUAUGUUAUGAAACACUCAAAGAAAGAAUGAGCUUUUAAGUCUGUGAAUG